AUGUUAGCUGCAACUUUGCCCGACGACAUUAUCAUUGGACUGUUCAAUCAGGCCGCACUCAUCGAUCAGCCAUCUGAGCGUGACGAUAACGAAAGAACGCUUCCCAACCUGGGCUGGAUCAACCUGACGCAUGUCUGCCGUCAAUGGCGUACCGUUGGGAUUGAGUGCAUGGCACCCCUAUGGGCCUCGAUCGUUACCACAUUUGGGACACACACGAUAGCAAAUAUGAUAGAGCACCGAGCUCGUGGAUGCAAUCUGACGUUGCGAGUGACGAAAGACGGUGCGAGCUAUCCUCGGUCGCGGCGCGUAUCAAUGGUCGACUGGUCGUUAGAGCGCAUGUCACGCGCUCAGAAAAUCGAAUUCAUCGCACGCCUACAUUUCAAUACAUCCAACAGCGCCUUACAUGCAGCAUUCGAUGGCGUUCACCUGCCCUCGCUUACGUAUCUUGACGUGUGUUCUGCCAUAACCCCCCUGGCGCAGUUCGAAGCACCAGCCGGUGCAACGAUCGUCUCUCACCUCCGGGAUGUUCGCUUCGAGACUCCAAACUUGGUCGUCGCCCACAUGAGCAACAUCCUACCUUCACCAUCCUCUUCCCUACAGAGCCUGCGCCGGCUGAGGCUAAUGUUUCCCACGUUUCGCGUCAACAUCACCAUGACGCACAUUGUCAAUUGCCUCCUCUCGCUCCCGAGGAUUGAGGAUCUAUCGUUGGAUUGUCCGAAGUGUUCGCCAGAAGAGGACCCAUACAAGCGAGGAAUUAGGGAUCUGAACCUCAAUCACCUCGUGACGCUGUGUCUGAAGGUCUCAGACGCCGACGAUGCAAUAACGCUAUUGGAGACGCUGCACGCACCUUUUCUAAGCAAGAUCAAGACAACGAUAGCUGGACAAAUGACAGACGACGACUCUCAGUGCCGGUUGUUGAACAACUCAUUAUCGCGGUAUGUCGAGCAACUGCACUUCGACAUCGCCUCGUUCAGCAAUAACGGUCUGAGACUCUCAUUGUCAGUAAUCAACAAGGAUACUCUUGCCAGCGAGCAUGAAGAUGUAUUUGAGCUGUGGUUGCUAUCAGACUGCCUGCGUCCGAGAGGCUACCAUACGCUCACUCUUUUUGCUGAAGCGUCUUCCUCGCUCUUUAAAUCCGUCACUAGCUGUUGUCUGGACUGUUUAGGGCAUUCGCUCGAUAGCGCGGAGCUCGCGCCCAGUUACCUUGUGCUACCGACCACAUCCGUCAUUCGACGGCUCGGACGUUGCUUCCCGAACGCAUCCAGUAUACGCUUGUCUGAGCUGGCGAUUCAGCAUAUCGCAUUCGACGUGAUGAAGGAAGAACCGCCAGACCUAUUCUUUCCUUCAAUGCGAUUCAUUAUUAUGGAUGUUACAAAGUACGGGAAUCUCAUUUGUACCCGAGAAAGUGCGAAGGAAUGGUGGGGGAUUGUACGCGAGGCAUUGAGGAAUCGCUCUGGCAAGAACAGGCCCCUGGCUGGUCUGAUUCUGGAAGACGAUUGGGGCACGUCCACGUUAUGGUAUGAAGUAUGCAGCGCAGAAGCAGAAGAGAAUCGCAGGCUCGGUCUCGUAGCGCAGGUUAUCGAUAGGCGGAAGCACGUCACUGGAUCGGUAGCUACAGUCGGCUUCCCUCCCUCCCAAUAA